UUACGAAACUGGGUGUAUCUGUAUUUCCCUCCCCUCAGCUUUCCCUGUCCCAUUCAGGAUUCUGUCCCAGGUGCAGCUGGAGGGCCGUGGGUCAUGAGAGGUCUAAUCUGCCUGCUGGCCAUUCGGAGGCUGCUGGAGCUGCCCAUGCUGGAAGCUUGUGAGCAGCCAAUGGAAUCUCCCCGCAUUGUGGGGGGUAAUGAUGCCAAGAAUGGGUCCUGGCCCUGGCAGGUCAGCAUCCGUGAAGGCAGCAACCAUGUCUGUGGAGGGUCCCUCAUUGCUUCAAUGGGUGAGGACACGUCUGCCUAUCAUGUGAACCUAGGGGAAUAUCAGCUCCUGAACCCCUCUGAAAGUCUGGUAUCUUUUCCCAUCAAGAAGAUUUACCGCCAUCCCAACUACACUGAUAUCAGGUCCAGCAGUGACAUUGCACUUGUGGAGCUGGAAACCCCUGUGAACUUCAACAGAGUUAUCCGCCCCAUCUGCCUUCCGGCCUCCUCUGUGGAGUUCCCCAUGGGCAUGGAGUGCUGGGUGACCGGCUGGGGUGACACUAAGUACGGAGGGAGCCUGACAGCCCCCAAAACGCUGCAAGCGGUGCAGGUGCCCCUGAUAGACAGAGACGCCUGCAACAGCCUCUUCAAAAUCGGCUCAUACGCGGACGACCCUCAGGAGAUCGAUCCCAUCAAGCAGGAUAUGAUCUGCGCAGGGUAUCCGCAAGGGGAGAAAGAUUCGUGUCAGGGCGACUCCGGGGGACCCUUGGUCUGCGAAUGUGACAGCACGUGGCUCUUGGCCGGGGUGGUGAGCUGGGGCAUGGAAUGUGGGAACCCCAAUUGCCCGGGGGUCUACAGCCUGCUGCCCCCCUAUGCCAAAUGGAUCCAGGGACACGUUACCACCCUACCCUUCACCAUCUGUAGCAUGUCAGUCAUGCAGUGCAACAGCACCAGAGCUAGCCCAUUGGGGCUCCUAAGGAAUAUUUUGGGGGCCUCCCCCACCCACACAACAUUAAAACAGGCAAAGCAGAUAAGGGGCCUGCUUGGGCUGCUCGGGGCCCUAAGUCAUUGCCUGGCACCGGCUCUGCCUGCCGUGCUUCUCCUCGCUGCAGCUGUCCCCAUGAUCCUGUGAGAUGCACCCCCCAUGCCCCAGCGCAUCCCUCCAGGCCCCCAGGAAAGCCCCCUCCAGAUGGGGGUUCAGCUCAUCUCUGCCUCAGAUGGGUGCAUGGCCCUGAUCCCAACUGGGCCCGUGCAAAUGCUGCUAAUGCUAACGAGGGUGCAAAGGGUCCUGAUUUCCUCCAGCAGGGGGCAGCAGGGACACACACACACACACACACACACACACACACACAGAAGCAAUCAAGCCGUAGCCUCCCUCUCCCACCUGCUUCAAUGCCAGACUGUGUCCUUAUAUCCUUCUAUUCUCCGCCCCCACCUCUUUAUCCCUCUCUUCGGCUCUUUGCCAGCCACCCCACAGGCUCCUUCGAGGCCUCUUUACCCUCCUCUUCUGGAUGCCAAAAUAUCUCUCUGCUUUCAGGAAGGGACUGUUAUUUCCUUUUCCUCCACUCUCUGUAAUUAUCUUUCCUGGCCUGUUUCCCCUGCAGCUCCACUUCUCUGGCCUGCUUUUCCCUUUCCAGCUUCCCUGCCUCAGUUUCCCCACCGCACACCCAGACACCGGCACUGCAUUGGCUUGUAGGGGGCCUCCAUCCUCCUAGCCUCACUACCUCAUGUGCUGCUGCAUCAGCUGCUGCCCCAUUGCCUCAUCAAAACUCUGAUGCAAUAGGCUUGUGCCUGGGAGAAUGUGGGGUGGGGGCAGCAUGCACAGACCCUGGGCAAGCCCACGGAGAUAGGGGGACAAGGUGACUUAGCCCUGCAGCACCCCCAUCUGGCUGUGCUGAGAAUUGCAGACCGUGACCAACCCAAGCCCCAAGAUAAUUUAAGUUCCCCUCCACCCCUUAGGGAUCGGGGAGGAUUUGAACCCAUGGCAGGGCACAGCCACAAGGGAUCACUGCAGUCCUCCAGUCUAGCCUCAUGCAUGGCACAGCCCAGAUGGCCCAACCCCGGCCUCCCUUCAGCCCAUAUGUGAUGGCUGAGCUAGCCAUCUUAGAAAGGGUGUCAUAAAUAUAGAGAGAAGGGUAGCGUAAAAUCCCUCCUUGGCAGCUGGACUGAAUCGCCUUACCUGUAAGGGGUUAAGUAGGUCUAAUAACCUAGUUAGCUCCUGACCAGAAGGACCAAUGAGGAAAGAAGAUACUUUCACAUCUGUGGGGGGAGGAUUUGUUUGUAGCUCUCUCUUUGUUGUUCCCUCUAUGGACGGAGAGAGAGGCCAAACAGGCACAACAUCUCCUGAAAAUAUACCUGCAAUAAUCCAUCUAAAAUCACAGAAAUUGUAAGUAAGGCAAGGAAAUGCGUUAGGUUAUCCUCUGUGUUUUAAAUCUUUUCAUUGACCCUGUAAAGUUACCUUCCAUCCUGAUUUUG